AUGCCGGCGUGGUGGAGUAGAAAGUGGAGCAAGAGCAAGGAGGAGCACGAGGAGGCCGAUGAGGAGGAGGAAGAGGAAGAGCCACGUGGCGUCUUUCAGUUGAGUUUCAUGAAAUCUCCGGUGGCCGUUCGGAGGGGUGACAAGAGUAAGUGUAAGAAGAACAAGAAGCAGCCCAAGAGCUUCGACGAGAAGAUGAAAGGAGUUCCGUUGCCUCGUCCCACGCACAGUCACAGCGAUCAAAUUCAAACGUUUGGAUCUCUCUCCGUGUCGGGUUCCAGCGUCAGCUCCUCCACCUCCUUCGACGAUCACCCGAUUUCGCCUCACUUUAAUACCAACAGAGGACAAGAUGAGGUGAGGUUCAAUGUGACGUCAAAAAGUCCUGGUCCUGGGUCAAGAAGACCUACUAGUCCUACCUCACCGCUGCAUCCAAGGUUACUUGCUUUGAGUCUUGACUCUCCUACGGGGAAGCAAGACGAGGCAAGGAGUGAGUGUCAUCCGUUGCCUCUUCCACCUGGUUCUCCAACUAGUCCUUCUUCUGUGCUUUCCAAUUCCAUCACACGAUCAAAUGGAUUGUUGGAAAACGCUACAAGCAGUGUGUCCAAAUGGAGAAAAGGAAAGCUUCUAGGACGGGGAACAUUUGGGCAUGUGUAUCUGGGAUUCAAUAGUGAAAAUGGACAGAUGUGUGCAAUAAAAGAAGUCAAGGUUGUCUCUGAUGAUCAAACAUCAAGAGAGUGCCUGAAACAACUUAACCAGGAGAUAAAUUUGCUAAAACAGCUUUCACAUUCCAAUAUUGUUCAAUACUAUGGGAGUGAACUGGUGGAAGAAUCUCUUUCCGUAUAUUUGGAAUAUGUCUCAGGUGGUUCUAUCCAUAAAUUACUUCAGGAGUAUGGUCCAUUUAAGGAGCCCGUUAUUCAAAAUUAUACCAGGCAGAUUGUCUCUGGACUUGCUUAUCUGCAUGCAAGAAAUACAGUACACAGGGAUAUUAAAGGGGCAAACAUACUAGUUGAUCCUAAUGGUGAAAUCAAACUGGCCGACUUUGGAAUGGCUAAACACAUUAAUUCUUCUGCCUCAAUGCUUUCAUUCAAAGGAAGUCCAUACUGGAUGGCACCUGAGGUUGUGAUGAAUACAAAUGGCUAUAGUCUUCCAGUUGAUAUAUGGAGCUUGGGAUGCACAAUUAUUGAAAUGGCAACAUCUAAACCUCCAUGGAAUCAGUAUGAAGGGGUAGCUGCGAUAUUUAAAAUUGGGAACAGCAAAGAUAUGCCUGAAAUCCCGGAGCAUCUUUCCAAUGAUGCAAAGAAUUUCAUCAAACUAUGCUUACAAAGAGACCCAUUAGCUCGUCCAACAGCCCAAAAGUUACUAGACCACCCCUUCAUUCAAGAUCAAUCAGCAACAAAAGCUACAAAUGUCAGAAUAACCAGAGAUGCUUUCCCUUACAUGUUUGAUGGAAGCCGGACGCCGCCUGUGUUAGAGUCCCAUUCCAACAGAACAAGUAUAACAUCGCUUGAUGGAGAUUAUGCAUCAAAGCCAGCUCUUGCAGCUCCACGUGCAAUAAGAAGUCCAAGGGAUAACUCAAGAAUGAUCACAUCUCUACCAGUAUCUCCCUGUUCAAGUCCAUUGCGACGCUAUGGGCCAACGGAUCAGAGCUGUUUCUUUUCUCCUCCGCAUCCAGCUUACACAAUAAUGGGACAAAAUGGUUACACUUUGAAUGACAUAUGCUCGUAUCCCAUGAGGUCAAAUGCCACAUUGACUCUUGAUCCUUGGCAUGAUAGAUCUCGAUACAAAGCCAAUACGCCACCUGGUGGAUCUCCAAGAAUGAGAAUCAUUUGA